GGAAAUAAAUAGAAGAUGGCAGAACCGAUUGUGGAGCAAAAGAGGGAGGAGGAGGAGGAGGAGGAGGGAGAGACGAGGAAAGAGAAGAAAUCGGAGGUGAUGAGCAGGAAAGAGAAGAGGAAGGAGAGGAAGAAGAUGAAGAGGAAGCAAUUUAGGAGAGAGAUUGCGGAGAAGGAGAGAGAAGACGAGGAGAGGAAAAUGAACGAUCCGGAGGAGCAGAGGAGAGCCGAGGAGAUGGAAGAAGAGGAGAGACAGAGAAUGGAGAGCGAGAGGAAGGAAUUUGAGGAGCGAGAGAGGAAGUGGCUGGAAGAGAUGGAAAGGAAGAGUAAGGAGGAGGAAGAAGAAGAGGAAAGGAGGAAGGCCUUGGAAGAGGAAGAGUCUAAGAGAUUGCAGGUUGAAAAGGAGAAUGAAUGUGAUGAGGAUGAUGAUUGGGAAUAUGUAGAAGAGGGGCCUGCAGAAAUUAUCUGGCAAGGAAAUGAGAUAAUUGUUCGGAAGAAAAGGGUUAGGGUUCCGAAGAAGAGUGCAGAUCAACAGAAUGGAAAUGAGGAUUCUGAUAGACCUAUUUCAAAUCCCCUUCCUCCACAAUCUGAAGCCUUUGCCGAGUACCAAAAUGCAUCAAUGACUUCAGCUGAUCAGAUUCUUGAUAAUGUUGCUCAACAAAUACCUAAUUUUGGAACUGAACAGGAUAAAGCUCAUUGUCCUUUCCAUUUAAAGACUGGAGCUUGUCGGUUUGGCCAGCGCUGCAGCAGAGUUCAUUUUUAUCCUGAUAAAGCGUGUACAUUACUAAUGAAGAACAUGUAUAAUGGUCCUGGCCUUUCUUGGGAACAAGAUGAGGGGCUCGAGUAUACAGAUGAAGAGGUUGAGCACUGUUACGAAGAAUUUUAUGAGGAUGUGCACACAGAGUUCUUGAAGUAUGGGGAAAUAGUGAAUUUCAAGGUUUGUAAGAAUGGUUCAUUCCACUUGCGAGGGAAUGUUUAUGUCCAGUAUAAAUCGCUGGAUUCAGCUGUACUUGCUUAUCACUCUAUCAAUGGUCGCUACUUUGCUGGAAAACAGGUAAAAUGUGAAUUUGUCAAUGUGACAAGAUGGAAGGUUGCUAUAUGUGGAGAUUAUAUGAAGUCAAGGCUCAAGACAUGUUCUCAUGGAACGGCUUGCAAUUUUAUCCACUGUUUCCGUAAUCCUGGUGGGGACUAUGAAUGGGCUGAUCGGGAUAAACCACCUCCUAGAUAUUGGGUGAAAAAGAUGGCUGCUUUAUUUGGUUACUCUGAUAAAUCUAAAUACAGGUUGGACAAAGAAAAAUUUGAGCAUACAAGGACGUCUAGCAAGACAAUACCAGCGGACACAGACAGGCAUCGUGCAAGAUCUAGAUCCAGGGACAUAGAUCACUUGCUCCCUUAUUCUGGUAAAAGCAGUGACAGUGAAGAUAGGGUUCAACAAGGCGCUCGCUGGCACAGGUGUGCAGAUGAUGAUUGGAAACAAAUUAGAAACCUUGAUGAAAAAUCAUGCGAAAAGGAUUAUUAUAAUAGUGAUCACAGAAAUCAUGAUUCUGAUUCUGAUGGAAGUUGGUCGGAUAGGGACAUUAACUUGGACAGAAAACAAAAUAAGAAUGGUAGUCAUGUGAGAAAAAGGUCAAAAGACCAUGGUGAAGUGUCAGAAUGCUCCACUGAUCGUUUUAGUGGGAAGAGCAAGCAGAGGAUUCAUGAGGCUGAUUCCAAUGAGUGGUCUGGUAGGAGCAGAAAAAGAAAAACACACCAGGUGCACACCAAAAGUUCAGAAAUCUGUGAAAAAGAGGCAUUGCUGGAUGAUAAUAGAGAGAGGAAGAAUGAAUCUCAUGCAAUGGAUGGAUACAGGUUGGAUAGAGACAGAGAUGGAGAAAAACACCAUAGGGGGAGAAGCUCAAGACACCAGAGCAAGGUAAGGUCCACAGAUUAUCGUGGAGAUGUAAAUCUUGGUACUGGUUCCGUGGAAGAUUUGUCAUACAGAGACAAAAACAAAGGCAGACAUGAUCAUCCUGCAAGGAAAAGUUCAAGACAUAAGAGCAAUUUCUCUGAUUUCACGGAUGAUCAUUGGGAUGAUAGGUACAGGACUUACGAUUCUGAUUCCAAUGAUGAGUGGUUAGACAAGGAAAGACAUCAUAGUCAUAAAAGGAGGCGCUCGAAGAAAAUUGAACAAGAGAUUUCAGAUGAAGAAGGGAGAACUGCGAAGCGGUUGAAAGAAAAGUCUUACUGUGAGGAGAUUGAAAUGGGUAAAUCUCACCUAAAAAGAAAUCCAUUGGAUUGUCCUUCGAGCAGAAGAAGCUAUUCAGGCAGAGAAAGCAAUGAAACAAAUUCUCAUGAAGAGAGUUUGAAUUCCAGAAAAAUUGUGGACCCAUGUAAUGGAAGAUACAUGUUUGAUCAUGAUUCAAGAUACAAAUCCAUUAAAGAAAUUAAUGAGCAGGAUCGGUGGAAACCUGAAAGUCCUGAUAGAGAUGGAAACUCAACUACAAAAUCUGUUAGUGUCAGGAGUUAUGAUUCUGGCAGUCCAGGUCGAUAUGAUGGAAGUUCUAAUUAAAAUUGAAAUUCGGAUUACUUGAGGAACUAAGAAAUCAAGAAAGAAUAUUGGGAAUCUGAACCAUCUUUUGAAACCCCAUAAUUUUGCUAAUGAUGUUGGUGUUGUAAAUCAUGUCGUUGGGACGAGAUAUGUUGCAAGCUUUAUCAUGAAACCACAUCAAAGAUUUGAGGGACAAGAACGCUUGAAAACUUGUGGAAAGAUAAACAGAUUUCUCCUUAUGAGCAUGAGGCCCAUCUUAAAGAAUGUCUGGGUCAUAAUGACACAUGGUAACAAGGUGCGUUUUGUAAUACCAGGAUUUGUGUUUUUAAUGGCACGAGAAAGAAAUAUAUUACUGGGAAUCUAGUGCUGGAAGUUAUUUUA